GGCAGUGCAAGCGGCAGCGCAGCCAGCGAAGCAAAUGUAAACAUGGCGGCUGGCAACGCGUUUCACGUGUCCGUCAAAACUCUAAUAAGCGAUUGGCAUGGCUUGCAGGUUGCCAUCGAAAAUGGCAUGGGUGGUCCCCAGGCACGGGAGAAGGAGCAGUGGCUCGUUGGAGUCAUAGAACAAUACUUCGCCGAAAACAGUAGUUUGCAUCCCGAUGAAGUGGCCGACUUGAUAGCAGAGAUUGUCGACAACGAGUUUGACACCAUUAUCGAAGACGGCAGCAUAGGACAGAUAUCAGCCUUGUUGUGCAAACACUACCAGCUUUGCCUUGAGGGCAGGGAAAAUGAAGUGCUGGAAUCUUUGUCGCAAAGGCUUCCGCAAACGAGGACGCUGAGGGUACCUGUCGCUGGAGACUACGACAGUGAUGACGAAGCAGAAAUGCAGAACCACAUCAACACGGACGUUUCGUCACAGCUGGGAGACCUUCAGCUGAAUGGGCCCAGCUCAAGCCAGCAGCCAUCACGGCGACAAGAACCGGAUGAAGACGGCUGGACAGUCGUGAGGCAUGGAAGGAGGACAUAGCCAUGGACACUGCCACUAAUAGUAUAUCUAAUUAAAUGUCUUGUGUUGCUGUCAGU